AUGCUAUUCACAAUAAUCCUAGGGGCAUCUGCCGUAUGCGCCUCCCGAGUAUUCAAAAGGGCACAGUUAAAAGACCCGUUUGAUAUUCUCGAUCCUCAGAGAUGGGUUAAAUCAGAGGAUAUGACUUGGGCCGACUAUAAGGCACCUCCGGGUACUAACUGGGCCGACCCUUCUCGAAAGGGGUCCAUUCGCAACUUCAAUAUUGCCCUUGUUACUAUCGACUUCAAAGAUAGGCCGUUUGCCGUCACCUUGCCGCCCAACUCAACACUCUUUGGGAAUCCUCUCCCUUUAGUUGCAAAUAUGCCUAGGCAAGAUGUGCCAAACUACUAUCGCGACCUACUCAAUAAGCCGUCAAAAAUCAAUCACAAUCAUACUCUUCAUGAAUAUUGGAUGGAGGACUCGGCCGGUCGAUUUGGUGUUGAUUUGAAAGCUUUCGGUCCUUACCGCAUGCCCAAACACUACUUCCAGUAUGGCGUCGAUUUUUACUACAUGAACAAAGGGGCCUGUCCGAACCCAAGCGAGACCCCCUGCGUUGGUGACACUAGAGAGGACUCUAUAGACAUGUGGGAAAGCGAUGUUGGGAAGCAAGCCGCCAGUUCGUUCGAUUUAGUCUUCAUUCUGGGUGCUGGGGAGGAUGAGUAUUCCACAUGGCGAGAAUUUGGCGAGAUGAAAUUUAACUCAAAGGAGGAGAUACCUGACGCCUUUGGACCGCCACGAGAGCUAACUGGGAACAAUUCCCUCCCAAAUUACGCGAGCACUAGAAACCACCAAUGGACAUCGUGGGCGGCAGCAGCCAAUGUCUGGCCCAAUGCCUGGAAUGGGACAACUCAACAGUGCGAAACGUCAGGGUUAGGUGUAUACGCGCACGAGUUGAGUCAUAUCUUGAAUAUCAUGGACAACUACAUUACCAAUCCGGAUGCAAGCCCCCUGCAAAGAGAUUAUACAGGGCCGUGGUCUAUGAUGUCUUCCGGUGCAUCGAAUGGCCCAGGUGGAAUCCACUCCGCGUGGCAUAUUCCCUCGCUCCAGGGAGGCGGGACGAUGGGCUCACUGCAUACGAUGCGCGAUAAGCAACAACUCGGCCUUGCUGGCCCUGAAACCAUGCUACGACUUUCCAGAAAAGAGCUGAAUAACUUGGGACCUAUUGUGGCCAAUGUCACGGCUCGAUCUGUUGUGGCAGACCUGAUGGGGUUGCGUAUCGAACUGGAUGCCGAUCUCUCACCGGCUUGCAACGUCUCCACGGACGUGCUUUGCGAUGGUGGAGGCUAUGAAAACUAUGAAAUGGAGGUAAUUGACCGUAUGGGCUCCGAUUCUUUCCAGCCUGAUGCGGGCGUUAUGAUUAGCAAGACAAAGAACAACGGCAAUCAGGAUCCGUUUCAAUGGACUGUUGAUGCGAAUCCCCAAGAUAUUGAUCUGAUCGACUUCCAUCGCCCUAAUGGUACUGCAGUUAUGGUAUCAUUAGGUGAUGCCCGCCAACUUAACGAUGCUUUGUUCCAUGCCGGCACUCGGUCGGGAAGCAAAUUCGACCAUCUCGAUGAAUCAAAUGGCCUUCACUUUUACAUACUGAACAAGUAUCGGGAUGAGGCCGGGAUAUUGUCUUAUACUGUCGGCGCGCGCCCGCUCAACAACACUUCCAAGAGUACACACUCCAUCAACCUAACCGCUGGCAAGCCAGAUACAAUAAAGUAUCCAACCGAAACCGGCAUUGCGUUGUUUUGCACAUUCAGCUUAACAAACAACGGCAGCUACUUACCAGGAAUGACAUCGCCACAGCCACUACUUCCGUACUUGGGUUCGGAGAUAUAUCGUCUACAAGUCGAAAUCGAGGGAUCUGGAUGGCAUGUGGAAUUGCCCAAUGCACUUGCAGUUGCAAAAUUUGGCCAAAGUGUGGACAUAAACGUUGCUGUUGGUGCGACUGCUAAUGCGCAGUCGGAAGCCAAGGUGACUUUGAUGGCCAUUUCGGAGUCCGACCCAAGAGUAACACAACGAUCCGAAUGCAAGGUUUCACUUAGCUGA